CCCCUAAACUGCGGGGAGCCAUGGGUGGUAUCGGCAUUAGUUAUGCGAACGUACCCUACGUAAGAGAAUGAAUAAAUAACCUCACAAGAGGAAAAGACAGGAGAGCGGAUCUGGGCGUGUCAGACACGAGGACGUGCCCAGACAAGAGACCAGACGUAUGUUUUGGGACGUCAUCCUUUUAUUUGUGGACAGCGAAAUUGUUGAUCCAGUCAAAUUCGACGGAAGCAUUCCAGACGAUUUCUUUUCUACGCACCUCCUUAAUGACCUUUUCUUUUUUUUUUUUCUUCCUUCUCCUCUCAUAUUUCCCACAAUUGUUCGGUUAUACCACUUUCAUAAGAAACAGUCACAUGCUAUAGAGGUGCAUGCAAGUAUCGAGUAUCGAGUAUUGUUGCACAAGCGCACUCAAUUAGUGUCGGGUCUAAACGGUAUUGUACCGCCAAAUAGAAGGGAGUCCAAACGGCCUACCUACAGUCCAUUGAAAGGUAGGGCUUAUUAUUGCAGUAUCGCAGUACAAGAUACAACCUGUUUAGUGGGGACCUGAACCGCGCAGUUCAGGCCAUCAUAUGCAAUUGCGACCUUCAGGGAGAAGGAAGGAGUGAGAGGGAAAAAACAUGGGUUCGACCUACCUAAAUUGCCUUUUGACUUAGGUAAUUUACAUAGGUAGGUACCUUUACAUAGGUACCUCACUUCACUUUUAACGAUGCACAACACGACUUUCAUUCCUCAUACAUCUUCAACUCAACCACCGUCUCCGUCUACCAACACGCGCGCCUCGGAUUCGAGUUACCACUCCGUGACAAAGACGGGGCUGAAACGAUUGCCAUCCUCGGAAUCUUUGGUAUCAAUUGGACGUAAGCCCCCUAGAACGGCUGGGAGCACAGGCACCGGUACACGGACAGGUACGAGAACAAUAAUAUCCACCUCCACCGCCGCCACUACCAUUGCCAAGACCUCCAUAACUGCAGCAACCGCCUCGUCGUCCGCGUCCUCGUCCUCGUCCUCGUCUUCUAGAGCCCCCCUAAGGAGACGGAACCAAAAUGCAGCGCCUGUUACAAUUCCCCUGUUAAAGGAGCCAGGAACAGGAAGCAUGCCCUUCGACACAUCCUCCCCUCCGCUUGCCAGCCCGAAUCCAAACUCCAGCCGACCGCAAAUGCCUUCGCUCAGUGCCUCCGCCGCAAGGACCGUAAAUAGGAACCCCUUAACCCCUAAGAUCGCAUCAAAGACAGGAGCCCAGUCUCCCGGUCUGUCUGCCGCGACAACCUCAACCGGUCGGCGUCAGCAUCCACCCAGUGCAAUCAUCACCAGCCGAGAAACACCAUCCAACCGUUCGAGUUAUUUCGACGAUUCGUCGUCCAUUUCGUCUCACCUUACCGCCAACGUCACUCCUCGCUCUGGCUCGAGGCAAACCCGUGUCGAUAGCGCUAACAACACACCUAAUGGAACACCCAAUCCAGACAAGUCAGAUGCCUGGGAUCACAGGUCCAGCUUCGGUUUACCGAGCCCGAGGACGGAGGGGGAUGCCAUGAGGAGGUCAGGGACCUCUUUUGGCUCAGUAUCUCCAGACACGGCAAGUUAUAAGAGGCAAGAAGGCGCCUAUAAUAUAGAGUCCAAGUUUUUCCACGCAAGCGAUGCGAAACCACCACGCCCAGUGUCUUCCUCUAAACCGGUCCAGGCAAAAGGUCCGACUAUUUUCUAUGCCAACGGAAAUACGAUAGAGAACAAGCCCUCUCACCCGACACCAUUCGCACCAGUCCUCGGCCAUUCUCAGGAUGGUCUUUCCAGCAAAUUUAUGUACGCCAAUGGGACUCCGGAGAUGCGGUCCAGUCCCACACCUCCCGUAUCUCGUAGCUCAGGUUCAACAGUCUCAACAGCCCCCAGACCACCCUCCAGCCGCCCGGCAACAAUCCCUCCGGUUAGUAGUCACAUACAGGCGCAGAGACCUGCUUCCCCGGCGAAAUUCUCGUCGCAAGGCUCGCAAGUUUCGUCUAAGACCACCAACGUUCCGUCGUCAGGGCGUCCACAGGCAUUAUCUACUCCUCAGCUAGCGCCAUCUCCUGGCCUCCGCCGGUCUAGCACUGGCCUAUCAAGAACCAGCGGCCAUUCUCGUGCAGGUAGCUUAGUCAAGUUAGACCAUAGCUCUACUGCUCCGAAACCAACGAGCUCUCGCGCAUCGCCCGAAACUUCUCCGCCGAUGACCGUACCCCCUACCCCAGCCCCUUUGACACUCGCUUCCAUAAUUCAAGCAGCUGAGGACUUUGCUGAGAACGAAGAAUGUGCCUCCCCAGACGAAGCUCCGUCAGGCCUACAAAGUCCCACCAAUCCAGCCAAUCCCACGGAACCGGUGAACGAAUCCGUUGCAAACGCGAGACGGGAGCGCAAAGUUCAAGACUUGCAAAUCACAAAUGCGUCUUUGGAAGCCAUUAACCGGACUCUUGAGCGCCGGUUGCGAAAACAGACUUCAGAGUUAAGAAGAUAUCAACGCUUAUCCCGCUCCGGUAGACUCUCAACUGCGUCCACCGUAGUAGAAAGCCAAAUAUCAUUAGAAGGGGCCUCGGAACAAGGAUUAGGGGUAAUAGAUCUUUCAGAUCUUGAUGAGAAUUCUGAGACUGAAGAGCUGGAGAAGGAGAUGGAGAUGGAAGAGGAAUUGUCUGACAGCGAUUCGGUGAACGAAUCUCUUAGCCCAAGUGUUGUAGCAGAACAAGACGCAAAACACCGAAAGCGAGAUGAGGAGCGGUUACACCUCGACUUAUCAAAACAUCAACAGUUGCUCGUCGAUUCGCAGAAGAUCAACCAGAGCAUUAGAAGGUGUCUUGACUGGACAGAGGUGCUCAUCAAUGAAGGGAAGAAAGCCCUAGAGUAUCGUGCUCCUAUCGUCGGUGUGGAGUUGGGUGGACGAGUAUUGGCUCCAGACGAAGAAGAGGAUCGUCCUUCGACUGCGAACAGUAUAUCUGAUAAUACGAUCGAGUUCGAUGAAAAGUUUCUCGACGACCCUAUCAGUUUGGCCAGCUGGGGGGGUUCAGAGCGACAGGAUAGGGAUAGUGGAAUAGAACUCCAAGUCGACGGAGGAUAGAAGUUGGAAAUUAUUGUCCAUCCAGCUAUAACAACACAUCAGUACUGGUACGAGAUUCCUUCUAUUUUGGAUACGAUUCAUCACAACAUAUAGCCCAACCAACUGCGUCGCCUCUGGGGUACUUUUUCUUAUGUACCGGGCGACUUGAUAUUCGAUAGUCUUUCAGUUGUUUUCUUUCUUGUUUCUCUUUUUUUUUAUUCUCUGCUGUA